ACGUCGGGGUUGAUGUGCUUUUCGUUUUAACAAAAAAAAGAAGAUUUUUUAACGAUUUUGGGGGGGUAAAAUGCCAACAUGUUAAGCUGCUGACUCUGACGAUAGGGGGGGGGGCGUUGUGAAAUGAGACUAAACGGAGCGAUAUGCAUACAAUUAAAAUACCAAUGAGUGAUGUCCAGUAACUUUAUUGAGUUAAAAGACUAUUCAGCUCUGGCCAAUAUGUAUUAUUUUGUAUGAUACAUGACUUUUGUAAGAACACAUUAAUCUAUUUCAUUUAAGCCAAGUUUCUUUCUUUCAAAAUAGGUCCUAUCCAGGAUGCUAGCCCUGUAGGCCUAGAAAGUGGGGCAAUCCCAGAUUCGAGCUUGACAGCUUUUAGUGAGUGGGACGCCAACCACGGUCCGCGUCGAGGACGGUUAAACGUAGUUCAAGUCGGAGCCCUAUUCGGAGCAUGGACUGCCAAAACAAACGAUUUAAACCAAUGGAUUCAGGUUGAUCUUUUAGCUACGUACAACAUCGUAGGAGUGGCAACGCAAGGUCGUCAGGACCAGUUCCAGUGGGUAUCCAGCUUCAAGAUUGCCUGCAGUAUGAAUAGUAUUACCUUUGAUACAGUGAAAGACCCGAAUAACACCGACAACGACAACAUCUUUGCCGGCAAUAGUGACCGAAACACCGUGAUUUACAAUCGCUUUCCCGUGCCAAUGUUGUGCCGAUAUGUUCGCCUGUUACCUUACACUUGGCGUGAACGUAUUUCUCUUCGUAUGGAGCUCUUUGGGAAACCCCUUGGUCCUAUCCAGGAUGCUAGCCCUGUAGGCCUAGAAAGUGGGGCAAUCCCAGAUUCGAGCUUGACAGCUUUUAGUGAGUGGGACGCCAACCACGGUCCGCGUCGAGGACGGUUAAACGUAGUUCAAGUCGGAGCCCUAUUCGGAGCAUGGACUACCAAAACAAACGAUUUAAACCAAUGGAUUCAGGUUGAUCUUUUAGCUACGUACAUCAUCGUAGGAGUGGCAACGCAAGGUCGCCAGGAUGUGUCCGUGUCCCAGUGGGUAUCCAGCUUCAAGAUUGCCUGCAGUAUGAAUAGUAUUACCUUUGAUACAGUGAAAGACCCGAAUAACAUCGACAACGACAACAUCUUUGCCGGAAAUAGUGACCGAAACACCGUGGUUUACAAUCGCUUUCCCGUGCCAAUGUCGUGUCGAUAUGUUCGCCUUUUACCUUACACUUGGCGUGAACGUAUUUCUCUUCGUAUGGAGAUCUUUGGGAAACCCCUUGGUCCUAUCCAGGAUGCUAGCCCUCUAGGCCUAGAAAGUGGGGCAAUCCCAGAUUCGAGCUUGACAGCUUUUAGUGAGUGGGACGCCAACCACGGUCCGCGUCGAGGACGGUUAAACGUAGCUCAAGUCGGAGCCCUGUGCGGAGCCUGGACUGCCAAAACAAACGAUUUAAACCAAUGGAUUCAGGUUGAUCUUUUAGCUACGUACAGCAUCGUAGGAGUGGCAACGCAAGGUCGCCAGGAUGUGUCCGUGUCCCAGUGGGUAUCCAGCUUCAAGAUUGCCUGCAGUAUGAAUAGUAUUACCUUUGAUACAGUGAAAGACCCGAAUAACAUCGACAACGACAACAUCUUUGCCGGCAAUAGUGACCGAAACACCGUGGUUUACAAUCGCUUUCCCGUGCCAAUGUCGUGUCGAUAUGUUCGCCUUUUACCUUACACUUGGCGUGAACGUAUUUCUCUUCGUAUGGAGCUCUUUGGAGAACUUCUUCGAUCAACUGAAGCAUCAACAACCAUGGACACCACAAUGAACGAACUACAGAGUACUGCAGGUGAGACUACCGUUUAUUUGGUGACGACACAAAAUGAUCCGGGAACGACCAGUACAGCAUCAACAACCUUGAAGACAUCAAGAGAAGGAACUGUCGCUGUGACCGCACCGACCAGAACAACGCCCCCACAGCUUCAAGCAUCAACUGAAGCAUCAACAACUAUGGACACCACGAUGAACGAAUUACAGACUACUGCAGGUGAGACUACCGUUUAUUCAGAGACGAAACAAGGUGAUCCGGGAACGACCAGGACAGCAUCAACAACCUUGAAGACAUCAAGUGAAGGAACUGUCGCUUUGACCGCACCGACCAGAACAACGCCCCCACAGCUUCAAGGUCUGUUGGGUGUUUUAGCGGAUAUGAACGAGGCAGAAACCGUAACUUUUGGACUUUCGACGCCCUUGAUUUUUUAUUUCACAUUUCUUAUGCUGGCUCUCCUUCUGCGCUUCAUCGUCCUUUGGAUUAGAGGACUAAAGAAAAAAGAGGUGGAACCAGACCAAGAACGCCCUCAGCGGAUGUAUGAGCUUGUAAGAAUCUCAUAUUGAU